AUGGCUGAGCAAAGCCCUGAAUCCCAUCAGCCUGUUGGUGAGGAGGAGCAAGCAGGAGCUGUUUUAGCUGCUGAAGAAGCAGUAGAGCCGCCUCUUGCAUCAGCUGAUAUUCAAGUUCAACAGGUUUCAGCUUCAGCUCUUGCUCCGGCUCCGGCGGUUUCUGUGGUGGAAAAGGAAGUUCCUUUAUCGCUUGCUCAACCACCAACCACCGCCGUUUUAGCUGAGGAGAAAGUUUCGGUGACUUCUUCAUCUGGGCCGUUGGGAACCCAGAAGGAGGCUGCCGCCGGUGAAGGCGGUGAAGGGUUUCUUCCUAAGCCGGUGCCGCCGCCGGGAGCUCUGGAGGAAGGUAAAAAGAUUGGCGGUGGUCCUGAAUCGUGGGUGUCUUUUAAGGAAGAGAGUAAUGUUGUCUCAGAUCUCACCGAUUUCCAAAGAAAAGCCCUUGAAGAGCUUAAAUCUUCAGUUCAAGAAGGUUUAAAGAACAAUGCUUUUACUGCCCCAUUACCAGCCCAGAAGAAAAAGGAGGAGAUUUCAUCAGAAGGGGAAAAAAGUACUCAAGUGGAAGGGGAAAAAGCUGAGGAGAAAUCAGAAAUUUCAACCAGUGGUGGUGAAGCAGAGGAAGUGUCCAUCUGGGGCAUCCCUCUGAUGAAAGAUGACAGGAGUGAUGUAAUUCUGUUGAAAUUCCUGCGUGCUCGGGAUUUCGAUGUAAAGAAAGCAUUUUUAAUGUUGCAGAACACCUUGAUUUGGAGGAAACAGUACAAUGUAGAUGGUUUGAUUGAUGAGGAUUUGGGAGAUGAUUUAGAUAAAGUUGUGUUUAUGCACGGGCAUGAUAAAGAUGGACACCCUGUUUGCUAUAAUGUUUAUGGGGAGUUUCAGAAUAAGGAGCUGUAUAAUAAGACAUUUGCUGAUGAGGAGAAGAGGAAGAAGUUCUUGAGAUGGAGGAUUCAGUUCCUGGAGAAGAGUAUAAGAAAGUUGGAUUUUAGGCCUGGUGGGAUCAAUACCAUAUUUCAGGUUAGUGAUUUGAAGAAUUCACCUGGACCUGGGAAAAGGGAGCUGAGGAUUGCCACUAGGCAGGCUUUGCAAUUGCUUCAAGACAAUUACCCAGAAUUUGUGGCAAAGCAGGUGUUCAUCAACGUUCCUUGGUGGUAUUUGGCUUUCUACACGAUGAUUGGCCCAUUCUUGACCCAAAGGACCAAAAGCAAGUUCGUGUUUGCUGGCCCUGCAAGGACCGCUGAGACCCUAUUUAAGUAUAUCUCGCCUGAACAAGUUCCUAUCCAAUAUGGAGGGCUUAGUGUAGACUUCUGUGAGUGCAACCCAGAAUUCACUGUUGAUGAUCCUGCCCCAGAGAUUACAAUCAAGCCUGCCACAAAGCAAACUGUGGAAAUUACUGUCAAUGAGAAAUGUGUUCUUGUUUGGGAGCUACGCGUUGUUGGGUGGGAAGUGAGCUACAGUGCCGAAUAUGUUCCUGACACUCCCGGUAGCUAUACUGUUAUCAUACAGAAGCCAAGGAAGAUGUCCCCAACUGAUGAGCCUGUGAUCUCCCACAGCUUCAAGAUUACCGAGCUCGGGAAAAUAUUGCUGACAAUAGACAACCCAACAACAAAGAAAAAGAAGCUUCUUUACAGGAGAAAAAAGAAAAGGCCAGAUGUACCUGAUUCUUCAUUGUUACUUGAGUCGGGUACACGGGACAUGCAAGGUCGAGUUAUUUCUACCUCAUAUCGUCGUGGGAGUCCAACUGGGCAUAAGUCAAAGGGUGAGUCGCAGAUGGGUCAGACCGGUAGUAGUGUGGGACUUGACGAUGUAUUCGAUCAUGCCAGUUUAGACUUACAGAGUGUGAGUGACAAUGAUGAUGUCCCGAUUGAAGAUAUCGACUCGGAAGAGUUUAAUGAUUUCGGAGGUGACUCACCUCCACAUUCACCUCCACAUUCACCUCUAUAUUCAUCUCCACAUUCACCCCCACAUGCACCUCCAGCUAGACAAAGCAAUGUUAUUCGUCUUAGGGUUAGAGGACUUGGAGCUGCAUCUGCAUCUUCAUCUGCAUCAUCAUCAGCAGCGAAUGGAUACAAAAGUCACAUACUUCAAAUCAGGACCUAUCUCUACCGUCAGACCACCUCGGGGCGCCAGAUCGACAAGCUGACACCCGAUCAAGUUGAAUGGUUGCCUUAUGGCCCCGAUCCUUUUUCCGAUGAUCCAAGGACCAUAUAUAGUGGCUGGAUACAGUACCAAGAUAUUAUUGAGCCAUACUUGCCUAGUCGAGUAUUGUGCCAGAUUGGAUACAUCCAGGUCAUCCCUCCACCCAUUCCUCAUCCCCUGAGUGCAAAUCGUAGUGGUAAUCACCACGCCUACAAGAGUGAUCAUGAUAAGACUGCAUGCGCUCCUAAUUACCUCCAAUGGUACUUGAAAUAUUCGCAUCCUUUCUUGGUUUUAGAUGCCACUACUAUAGGUGGAGUUAGAACCACAUCUCAUUGGGUCAACCCUUUGUCCGAAAUUCAUAGAAACUCACUUGAGACAAUCCGCGAAAUUGACGAAGAGAGAGUAAAGGAGCAUGAGGCAUUGUUUGCUCAAUUUCAGGAUGAAUUCCGAUUGAGCCAGAGAGAUUGA